AUGUCUGUUCCCGGAAUAUCUCGAGGCCUCGAGAACGUCGAUAUCGGUGGUGGAGUAGACUCAUCUCCGUUCCCUGCCAAGAGCAAGUAUCAUGCCGGACUUGUCAGCGGGAUCGGAACGGAUGUCUCUUCUAUUUACUUCUCCGACAAGAUCUUGAUCACCAUCUCCCAGGAAGGACGGCUGUCACAAUGGGUCCAAGUCCCUCUCUCCUCAGCAUCUCCGACGUCAUUUGAUACUGCGUUGCCAUCAGAUGGCGAGGACAUGCUUCCACUGGGCCACUUGACCCCCAAAACCCUUCUCGGUGCGGGCGGCGAGCAACGAGAAACGAUCGGCCAUUUAUACGCUACUCACAUUGCAAGCUUGAUCGCUACGAGGAACCCGGAAGACACGAGGACGGUCGUGGUGGGGUUCGGCUUGCCAAAAAUCGAUGUGGGCAGGGAUGCCUUUUUUGAUAUGCUGGAGUUGGUACAGAAAGUCAUCUGA